CUCCUCUCUCCUAUAAAGGUGUUAUGAGCUCUUCAAAAUCUGCUGCACAUGACAGAAAGAACACCAUGACCCCGACGCAGCGGGACAGCGUCCCCGCCAAGUCCCCGGUGUCGGGCGGUGACCCCGGAGCCUCUCACAGCCCCUUCGACCCCCACCACCGGCCUGUUGUUCCCGGGGAAGUGUACCGACCCCACCUGCCUCCACACCUGGACCCCACCCUCUUCCACAGAGUCCUGGAUCCUGCGGCGUUCAUGUUCCCGCGGCAACCGUCUCCAACCGGCUACCACAACACCUACCAGAUGUACACCAUGGAGACCACGCGGCAGACGAUCCUCAACGACUACAUCACCUCACAGCAGAUGCAAGUCAUCCGACCCGACAUGGCCCGAGUGAUGUCGCCACGGGAGCAGCCAGUCGCCAUCCCGUACGCAGCCGGAGCUCGAGGGAUUAUUGAUCUAGCCCAGAUGCCUCCAACUAUCCUGUUGCCUCACCCUGGGGGAACAGGUACUCCCACUUUGGAACGCAUCGCCUACCUCCCCGGAGCUCAGCCCCCUUUCCCUCCUAGGGCUUUCAACCCAACCUCCAUAUCGCCAGGUGAGGACCCCCCUCCCCCCCCCCCCCCCGUCCCUACACGUGUUCCCUUAUCUUCCCUGCUGCCACGAUCUCCAUGUUCCCUCAAACCUCUGUCAGUGCAGCCCUGAGCUGGCCUGAGGUGUCAAAGGUCAGUGCUGCCCGUCCACUGACGGGUCGCUGCAGUCUCACUGGGAGGGAUUUCUCACAAAAAAACUGUCUGACUGUUGCAUGUUAACCCUUUGAACCCGAGCAAAUUGACUUAAUCUCUUUCUAAAACACGGGAGGAAGGCCAGAGUUCCCGCGGAUCUUUAAAACAAUCUCAAAAGGCAUUGAAUUUAUUUAUUUAUUUAUUUUUUACUUUCAACAUAAAGAUAACACAUAUAACACAGAGAUGUUCACAACAUAUUCACAUACUUAUCUUUUUUUUAUGUCCAUUUUCAACAGUAAGUACCCAUUCACUUCUC